CGUCCUCUGUCCAGGUGGUGCGGGACCGCGGCGCGCUCGCCUGUAGUCUGCUUUCGGCUCGAGGAGCGCAGCGGCAUGCCGCCAGAUAUGUUUCACUCCUGUAAAUAUGAGACAACUUGAAAUAUUCUUCUUCUGUUUCCGAUCAACCAGUAACCUCGCGGACCAAUGGGGCUUAUACUGCUGAGCCUGAUUCUCCGGUACUGGAUUACCACCGUGGAGGGAUCAUGUUCAGCUGGCAGCGCUGUUACUUGUGAGGAGUGUCUGCAGCUCAGUCCUAACUGUGCCUGGUGCACACAGGAGAAUUUCACAGACUGGUUUUCAGUCAGCGAACGAUGUGACACACUGGAUAUCUUACUAGAAAAGGGAUGUGCCGGGGGCCAGCUGGAGUUCCCUGUUUCCAAAGGCCAAGUCCUCCAGGAUCGCCCACUCGGGAAGAAGACAGGCAACACCAACAGCACUCAGAUCUCCCCGCAGAAAAUGGCCCUCAAGCUGCGAGCUGGCAGUCAGGUGACUUUCCAGGUCAAGAUUCAACACACAGAGGACUACCCCGUGGACAUGUACUACCUGAUGGACCUGUCGGCAUCCAUGAUAGACGAUCUGGAGAGGAUCAAGGACUUGGGUUCCUCUCUGUCUAAAGAGAUGGCCAACCUCACCAGUAAAUUCCGCAUGGGCUUCGGCUCUUUCGUCGAGAAACCUGUCCUGCCUUUUAUCAGGAUCACGGAGGAAGAGCUGGCCAACCCCUGCAGCAGUGUAGAAUCAACCUGCCUGCCGGCGUUCGGCUACAAACACGUCUUGUCUCUGACGAGCAACACCGACAAGUUCAACGAGAUAAUCGCAAUGCAGCACGUGUCUGCGAAUAUUGAUGUGCCAGAGUGUGGCUUUGACGCUGUCAUGCAGGCAGCCGUUUGUGGGGACAAGAUAGGCUGGAGGAAUGAUUCCAUGCGUUUGCUGGUGUUUGUCAGUGAUGCUGACUCACACUUCGGGAUGGACAGUAAGAUGGCCGGCAUCGUGAUUCCCAAUGACGGGCAGUGUCACCUGGAUGACAACAAUGAGUACUCCAUGUCCACAGUGCAGGAGUAUCCAUCUCUUGGUCAGCUGAUUGAUAAGGUGGUGGAGAACAAUAUCUUGCUGAUAUUUGCUGUGACAGAAGAGCAGAAACACAACUAUAAGAACUAUGCAAAUCUCAUACCUGGCGCCACAGUCGGAGUCCUGGCGACAGAUUCGCGGAACAUCCUGGAACUGAUCGUAACAGCAUACAAAGAACUGCGUUCAGAGAUCGAACUGGAGGUCCUUGGAGACACAGAGGAGCUGCAGAUGUCCUUCACAGCCAUUUGCCCAAACGGGACUGUCGUCCCUGACCUAAAACGCUGCUCCAACAUCAAACCAGGAGAGAUGGUAGUGUUCAACGUGUCUGUCGAGCUCCCAGGUUGCCUGUCAGGAUCGCGGCACUUCUCCCUCAAGCCGGUGGGCUUACAGGACAGUUUGGAGGUGGAACUGGAGUCUCUCUGCUCGUGUGACUGCCGGGAGCCUCCUGAAGCAAACAGCAGCCAGUGCACUGAGGGCCAAGGGGCUUUCCAGUGCGGCAUGUGCGUGUGUCACCCGGGGUUCCUGGGAGCACAGUGCGAAUGCAAUGAGGAGAGCGCUUUGUUGAGCAACUGCGUCGCAAACAAUGAGUCCAAGAUAUGCAGUGGUCAAGGGCAGUGCUACUGCGGACAGUGUGUGUGUCAUUCAUCCAGCUUUGGCCGCAUCUACGGGCCUUAUUGCGAGUGCGACAAUUACUCUUGUGUUCGCUUCCGUGGGGAGCUCUGUGGAGGCCACGGGGCGUGUGACUGCGGGGAGUGUCACUGUCAAAGUGGCUGGACAGGGGAGUAUUGCAACUGCAGCACCAGCACCGAAGCGUGCGUGUCGGAGGACGGCGCUCUCUGCAGCGGCAGGGGGAAAUGUGAGUGUGGCCAGUGCGUCUGCUCGGUAGCUGGAGCAUCUGGGGACAAGUGUGAGAAAUGCCCAACAUGUGGGGACGCCUGCAGCUCUGCAAGGACCUGUGUAGAGUGCCAUCUCCAAGAAAAGGAUGAUGCCGAGUUUUGUGAUCAAAGGUGCAGCGUCCCUCAAAUUACCAUCAACACAACAGCAGAUUAUGACAAGGGCCCUUCUAUGUCAUGCACGCUGAUGACGGAGAAUGAGUGCUGGAUCUCAUUUAAUGUGGUGGAAGGUGAGACAGGGACCACUGCCUACAAUCUCCAGAUGUACGGUUGCCCAGAGCCUCCUAACAUCCCCAUGAUUAUUAUGGGAGUCUCCCUUUCCGUUGUGUGUAUUGGCCUGAUCCUGCUGUGCGUGUGGAAGAUGCUGGUGUCGGUCCACGACCGUAAAGAGGUGGCCAAGUUUGAGGCUGAGAGGGCAAAGGCAAAAUGGCAGACGGGGACCAACCCUUUGUUCAGAAGCUCAACGUCUACAUUCAGAAAUGUAACUUAUAAGAACACACAGAGAGAAAAGUGUAUUACAAUGGUUCACUACUGAUGAUAAACUGGAGGCAAUGCAAACCGACAUCUAAGUGCACUUAAGUGUGUGUGUGUGUGUGUGUGUGUGUGUGUAUGAGACAGAGAAAAAUGUGUUUUUGUAUGAAUCUCUGUGUUGAUUCAGAGAUGUUAUAACACAGUAGACAACACUGUGACCAGACGGACACUACAUGAUGAAUUUGCUGCUGUAAAAGUGCACUGCCGAUGUACUGUUAAAAACACUACACUUUCCCGUUGCAUGAUCCUGCAAACUUACACUAAUGUUUGUCCACUGUAACAUGCAGCUUGGGAAGGAGGAGUCUACGCUAUGAGUGGUCUACUACUGAAAAAAAAAAAAUCCUUUGUUUAUUUUAAUGAAUGUAAAUAUACAGGUGGAUGAUUGUGAUUUUUAAUAUUGCGUUUUUUCUUAUUUUAAAGUGAGGCUGAGCCUUUGAUGUUAAUAAUUGAGUUUUUCUAAUGGCAUGGCAUAAAAAUAAAACUGAAUUUUGACUUA